GUGACCCCUCGUUAGAGUAGCACCCCUCCUGCCAUUUCAUGGUUCUUUCAGGUCGUCUUUCCUUGCUAUAUUUCCGUCGCCAACACACAAAACUCGAAUCAUCCACUGCGAUAAUCGUUCCAAUGGCGUCCGCUGCUAGGGUUUUCAACGGCUGCAGAUCUCUAUGUGCUGCAGCCAAGUCCGCCACUCCCAAAACCACGGCCACCGCUGCUACUACCACCACUGCUGCAAAGAAGAAGAGUACCGUCAAAAAAUCAGCGGAGAAACCAGCGAAGAAACUGAAGCAGCCUUCCACGGAGAGAAUCGUGAAACCUGUUGGCAUUCUUAAGCCUAGUCCAAUUUCUCCAGCCCUAGGUGACUUCCUCGGUGGUGUCUCUGAGUCCCCUCGAACCGAAGCCGUGAAGAAGAUUUGGGAGUACAUCAAGCUCCAUGAGCUUCAGAAUCCAACGAAUAAGAAAGAGAUAAUUUGUGAUGAAAAGCUUAAGACGAUAUUUGACGGGAGAGACAGAGUUGGUUUUCUAGAAAUUGCCAAGUUGCUAGCUCCUCAUUUUGUCAAGACGUCUUGAUGGCUGAUUUGCCAUCUAGACAGCUGCUUCUUGUCGAUAUUUAGCUUUCGAUCUAGGAGUGCACUUUUUUGGGCUGGAUGGUGAUCAAAGGUGUAUGAAAUGGAAACAAGCUUCAACAGUCGUUCACUUCAUUUUCCAUGUAAUUUGAUGAUGCUAAUUGCUGCUGGCUAAGCUCAACUUAAUGAAUUCCAUUUUCUUGCUCCUGAUUGUAGUAGUAAAUGGUGUAGUGAUGGUGGUACAUUUUCAGAUGGUGAAUGCUGGAUUUUAUUUCAACUUUCAGUAAUUUUAUACAUCUCC